AUUCAGCACCCUGUUUCUAUUCUCCAUCUCCGCGUGAAAGCUUUCACACCUCAUUGAUUUCCCACCCACCACCACCACUCCUUUGACAUCAUAUAGCUCUCUGUCUCCCCUUAAUUGCUUCAACUCUUCAAUUAUUUAGUCAUCAAAUAAGCAAUUAUCAUGAAUACAAGUUACCCUCCUUUCUUCUUCCUUUUCCUCCUUCCUGCCUUUUGCUUUGCCUCCUUAGCUUUUGGAGCCACUCUGUCCACAGAUGAAGUGCAAGUUCUGAAAGAUAUAGGUAAGACACUUGGGAAGGACUGGGAUUUCAGCGUAGAUCCAUGCAGUGGAGAACGUAAUUGGACAUCGUCUGUUCAAGUGAAAGGGAGCGAAAAUGCUGUCACAUGCGGCCAUUGCUCCUAUGCUAAUCAAACCAAUUGUCAUGUCACUAACAUAAUUUUGAAAGAACAAAAUCUCCCAGGCAUUCUACCGCCGGAUUUGAUCAGGUUGCCUUAUCUUCAAGAAAUUGAUCUUACUCGCAACUACCUCAACGGUACAAUUCCUAAAGAAUGGGGCUCUAUGAAGCUUGUCAACAUUUCCCUCCUUGGAAAUCGAUUAACGGGUUCAAUACCAAAAGAGAUAGCAAACAUAUCCACUCUUCAAAGUUUGGUAUUGGAGAGCAAUCAACUGUCUGGAGAGCUUCCACCUGAGCUUGGGAAUCUAAUCCAAAUUCAAAGACUGUUACUUUCUUCCAACAAUUUUACUGGAAAACUACCUGUAACAUUGGCCAAGCUCACUACAUUGCAAGAUAUUCGAAUAAAUGACAAUCAAUUCUCAGGGAAGAUACCUGAUUUUAUUCAAAGCUGGACAAGUCUCCAAAGAUUAGAUAUUGGAGCAAGUGGAUUAAGUGGGCCAAUUCCUUCUGGAAUUUCACAUUUGGAGAACUUAAUAGACUUGAGAAUUAAUGAUCUAAAUGGAUCUGAAUAUUCAUCUUUUCCGGAACUUAAUAAAACGAAGUUGACAUAUUUGAUCCUGAGAAAUUGCAACAUCAAUGGAACACUACCUCCAUAUCUUGGCAAUAUGAUAAGUUUAAAAAAUUUAGACCUUAGCUUUAACAGAUUGAGUGGACCAAUUCCGAGAAACUAUGAUGCCCUAAGAAAGGUGGAUUACAUAUAUUUAACUGGAAAUCUUCUCACGGGACUAGUGCCUCCAUGGACAGAGAACGCUGAUAAUGUAGAUCUUUCAUAUAACAACUUCAGCAUUGCAAGCCAGGGGAGUCAAACAUGUCAAAAUAGAAACGUGAACGUGUUUGCUAGCUCUUUGACGCCCAAUGACUCAGGAAUUGUUUCAUGUUUGAGAAGCGUUGUCUGUCCUAAAACCUCAUACUCCCUUCAUAUAAAUUGUGGUGGAACAAUGGUAACAGUCAAUAGAAGCAAAUAUGAUGAUGAUUUAGAUGAAGGAGGACCAGCUAAAUUUCAGCUCAGUGCAACAAGAACAUGGGCAUUUAGCACUACUGGUAACUUCAUGAAUAAUGAAUACGCAAACAACUAUAUUUGGUCAAACAAAUCUGUGCUUUCUGUGGCCAAUGCUGAACUCUACAUGAAUGCACGAGUUUCUCCCACUUCUCUAACUUAUUAUGGAUUUUGCUUGGGAAACGGAAACUACACUGUAAAUCUACAUUUUGCCGAAAUCAUUUUCAUUGAUGGUCAAACAUAUAACAGUCUAGGAAGGAGAGUAUUUGACAUCUACAUUCAGGGAAAGCUGGUGCAGAAGGACUUCAAUAUUGUAGAAGAAGCAGGGGGAAUUGGUAAGGCAAUCAUAAAACCAUUCACUGCUAUUGUGACUAAUAAUACCUUGGAAAUCCGCUUUAAAUGGGCUGGAAAAGGGACAACUGUUAUCCCAAAUAGAUCAGUAUAUGGUCCUCUUAUAUCAGCUAUAUCUGUGGAAUCAGAUUCUCCACCUCCCUCAGAAAAUGGAAGUAGCAUAUCUGCAGGAUCUGUGGUAGGAAUUGUGCUUGCAGGAGCAAUUAUUAUCAUCCUUGUAUUUGGUCUACUUUGGUGGAAAGGUUGUAUAGGAAAAAAACAUUCUUUAGGCGGAGAGCUAAAGGGUUUAGACUUGCGUACGGAUUUAUUUACUUUAGGACAAAUCAAAGCAGCAACAAACAACUUUGAUAUUGCCAAUAAGAUUGGAGAAGGAGGAUUUGGUUCUGUGUACAGGGGAUGUUUAUCAGAUGGGACAUUAAUAGCAGUCAAGCAGCUUUCUUCUAAAUCAAAGCAAGGAAAUCGUGAGUUUUUAAAUGAAAUAGGCAUGAUUUCUGCUUUGCAGCACCCUCAUCUUGUUAAGCUCUAUGGAUGUUGUGUUGAGGGAGAUCAACUAUUGUUGGUAUAUGAAUAUUUGCAAAACAAUAGCCUUGCUCGCGCUUUAUUUGGUCCUCAAGAACACCAAAUAAAAUUGGAUUGGCCAACAAGAUACAACAUCUGUGUUGGUAUUGCUAGAGGUUUGGCAUACCUCCAUGAAGAAUCAAGACUAAAGAUUGUUCAUAGGGAUAUCAAGGCCACUAAUGUGUUGCUUGAUAAAGAUCUCAACCCAAAGAUAUCUGACUUUGGUUUGGCCAAGCUUGAUGAAGAGGACAACACUCAUAUUAGCACCCGAAUAGCUGGGACAUAUGGAUAUAUGGCUCCGGAAUAUGCCAUGCAUGGUUAUUUGACUGAGAAAGCAGAUGUCUAUAGCUUUGGAAUUGUUACCCUGGAAAUCAUAAAUGGAAGUAACAAUACCACUCACCGAAAAAAAGAAGAGUCAUUCCAUCUUCUUGAAUGGGCACGUCUAUUGAAAGAAAAAGGCAAUUUAAUGGAGCUAGUUGAUAGAAGAUUGGGUUCAGACUUCAACAAAGAGGAGGUAAUGGUGAUGAUCAAUGUGGCUCUCUUAUGCACAAAUGUGUCUCCAACACUUAGGCCAACCAUGUCAUCAGUAGUAAGCAUGCUAGAAGGAAGAACUGUUGUUCAAGAAAUGGUUUUAGAAACAAAUGAGUUUUUGGAUGAGAAGAAGUUGGAGGCAAUGAGACAAUAUUACAAUGAUCAAAGUACUUCAACUGAAGGGCCAUGGACUGCUUCUACUUCUGUUACAGAUCUAUAUCCUAUACACUUAGAUUCUUCUUACUGGGAGAAAAGAGAUUAGAGACUAUGGAGAAAAAUUGCAUUCCUUUGUAUCAAUUAUUUUGCCAUGAAUUGGUUUGUAAAAUUCUUUUCUUCCUUG